AUGAAGAAAUUAGUGACUUGGGUUGUUGUUCUUCUUGGCUUGGUGAGCCUGACUGAUGGACAAGCUGGGACGUUGAUUCAGUACAUUCCUCCGGCGGUUCAAGGUAAAAUUUGUGUUUGAUUGCUGGCCUGGGAACCAGAUGCAUGACUAUGAAGGGGGGAGGGCCUAGCUAUAUUUCAGCUCAGCACGCAACAAGCCAUACGGUGAAGCCUAAGCUCUCGCAUAACAAAACCUGUCUAAAACAGGCGAUUCUAGGGUCCCAGAGCCAUGCCUAGGCAUAAAUAAAAAUCCUCCGUACAACUCUUCUACAAAGAACGAAUUUUUUCUCCCCUUGCAAUGUGUUGUACAUAGAUUCCAUUAUGCUUUUUAUAAUUUCAGCCGCUCUCCCGACAAAACUUGCCCAAUCCCUCAGUGUUCUGACUUGGCAAGAUGUCAGCAAGGCGGCCUCAAUUAUUGAUAUCAUUCCCAAAUAUACAAGUGUCAGCCAAUUCUUGAGAACCAUCGAUAUCAACACUCCUCAACUGAGCGCCGUCCUGAGCAGCAAUAUUAAUGACCAAUACACUCAAUACAUGCAGACUGAGGCUGGUCUGAGCGAGAAGGCCAAAGCGUACAUAGCAAAGGUGGGCCUCUUCAGCGUGUUUGCAGUUUAUGCUUCCGCUAGGAACUUUUAAAGGUCGAGUUUUAGCUGAAGGAAAUGGCCAAGGACGCUACCAAACAAGCCAAGGCGUUGUACGAGUCGAAGGAUCCCGCAACCAAAGCGAAUAUUCAGCUGACAUUCCCAACAAUGACAAAGAUUAUUGGAAGUAAGUAAUACAUGUAUGGCUCGAGGCUUACAAAUUUUUCUAUUCCCAGAAAAUGCGUCACAAUAACACUUGGUUUAAAAUGUGCCAGUGGUGUAAACAACGGCUUUAAAUGGCUGCAGGAACUUUUCGGAGCACGCCAAGAAAUUUUGGGUAUUGCAAAGGUCCUCGCCAUUCUGAAAAAUUUAGAAAAUCCGUUUCUAUGCAUUGCGCAAGUCUCCAAACUAAACUUUUUUCGGUAUUUUAUGGGGUACUCCUACUCAUAUUGGCCAUUGUUUAUACCACUGGCGCAUCUUAAAUUGAUGUCAAUGUAACACAUUUUCUAGGUCACAGAGAUUUGCAAGUCUCGAGCCAUAUACAGUUUUUUCACACAAACCUUUCUAUUCACCUCCAUUUUUCUAGGUGAGCAAGUGCAAUCAAUGUUGGCCUAG